CAUGAAAUGCUCUGUUAUGACGGUUUCCUCUUUCUUGCGUAGACGACUAGUCUGAAGGACGCUCACUAAACCCGAGUCUCAUUGCUAUUCGUCAUGGCGCUUCCGACGACAGACCUUCAGAAUGCUCAAAUUCGAGUGCGCUUGAGCACGAGAGACCCCGAGCUAGCCCUUUCCGACACUGCGCCUAUCCUUGUACCUACAUCCUUCCGCCGAUAUACACUGUCUACUCUCAUCAAUGGCUUGCUGCAAAAGGAAAAGAAUGUUCCUCUCGAAUUUAUUGUCAAUGGCACCUACCUUCGCACUACUCUGAAGGAGUACCUGACCAACAAUGGUGUUUCGACCGAAUCAACGCUCUCAGUGGAAUAUGUAAGAGCCCGGAUACCACCGCAAUACGUGGCUUCAUUCGAGCACGAGGAUUGGGUCAGCGAUGUAGAUGUUCUGUCAGACACUUCGCGAAUCCUCUCUGCCAGCUACGAUGGGCGUUUAAGGGUGUGGAAUACAUCAUCGCAAGUACUGGCCACUUCGCCUGGGCAGGCACAGGGCGGUCACAGCUCUUUCAUCAAAUCGGCAAAAUUUAUCUCAUCUUCUCAAAUUGUGUCUGGGGGAUUUGACCGGACAGUCCGUGUGUGGAAAUACUCUGAAAACCCAGACGGCUUCUCUGCCAACAUUUCUCCGUCUCUUGAACUCUACGGCCACAAAGGAUCGGUGGACUCAGUCGUUUCUCACGAACCAUCAAACCGGAUUUUAAGUGCCUCAUCUGACCAUUCGGUCGGAUUGUGGUCUACUCGGAAGUCAAAUGCACCAACUGCCCCCGAGGCUCUAAUCCCCAGAACCCGAACCAAGGACGGGAAGAGGAGGAAAUUAAAUUCCGAAGUGUCUGUUGCGCAAAGAGGGCCUCUAGCAUUGAUGCAAGGACACACGGGGCAGGUCUCCGGGGUGGUCUUUGAUAACAAAGAUCCCACGGUAGGCUACUCGAGUUCUUGGGACCAGACAGUAAGGACGUGGGAUUUGGUAACCAACACAUUGGUCGACACGAGAACGACAUCCAGUGCGCUGUUUUGCAUUGAACACAUGCCGGGACUCCAUCUUCUUGCGACAGGAUCUGUCAGCCGCGCCAUCAAGCUUGUGGACCCUAGAGCAUCCGCGACAACGGUCGCCGCCAUGACCUUGAAGGGACACAAAAAUUCAGUGGUCAGCCUGGCACGUGAUCCCGGCAACGACUACACGAUCGUGAGUGGCAGCCAUGACGGGACCUGCCGUGUGUGGGACGUGCGGAGCACACAACAAGAAAAGGAAGGGCUUGUUGCCCAAAGUCUUUACACUCUUCCAAGGGCAAGCCUAAACGGAGCCACUAGUCCUGCCACAGGCGACGGUGUCAAGGUGUUUGGUGUUUGCUGGGACAGAGCCUUGGGAAUUCUCAGUGGAGGGGAGGACAAAAUGGUACAAAUCAAUGGUACCAAUGACGGCGUAGGCCAGAACUAAUGCUACCAAUGACAUGCCACAAAUCGGCACCUCUGUUGUUAAUUAGAA